UCAGCGCAGCGAACCCGACCGACUGCGCUUCCAGCUGCUGAACCCAGCCGCCCCCGCGGGCGGGCGUCUUCCGCGGGACCCAGCAGGUGCCUUGGAGUUGGCUGCAGCCAUGGAGAAAGGCCCCUGGCCUGUGUCUGCCCACCCAGACGUCCUCUCCUUGGAGAACCGGAGCCUGGCUAUGCUUCCUAACUGGCAGCCUGUGGACAAGCCUCCUGGGUAUACAUCUGCUCCCUCAGACAUGCUGUCCUUGAAGAGCCAGUGCCUGACCAGAAUUUCUGACCUGAAGACCAUGGGAAAACCACAUGGGCCUGUGUCUGCCCGCCCAGAUGUCCUGUCCUUGGAAAACCGGAGCCUGAGUUCCCUCCCGAGUGUAAAGAGCAGCGUGUCUGCGGGCCCCUCGGGCCAGUGUCUCCAGCUACCUCACCCGAUGCGUGCUAACACAAGCAGCCUGCACACCAGCACAGGCCUGCUGUCUGAGGCUCCCAGCAGCAGGAGGGUCCAGUGUCUGUCUGCUGCAGAGACAGUUCAGGGUCAUCUGUGCUGUUCCAAAGAAGAGAAAACGUCAGCACUGAAGGAAGGGGAAGGGGCCCAGAUGCCUUUUUAUAGUCUAAGCUUGGGGGAAGAGGAGGAGGAGGAAGAAGAACUGAAUGCACAGCUUUCCUCUGAGGACUUGGACUCAAAUCCUUAUUCCACUGACCAGUACCUGCAGGAAAAGAAGAUGAUUCUGGUGAACACACUGUGCUCUACUAUGGUCUCAGAUAUAAACAGGAAAAGUACAGCUGCUAUCAUCAGUCCCAUCCUUGAAGUCUGUGAUAUUAUUGCCCCCUUGGAGCCUGAGUUCAUCCUCAAGGCAUCUUUGUACGCCAGGCAGCAGCUGAACCUCCGGGAUGUGGCCAACAUGGUCCUGGCCAUUGCCGCCUACUUGCCCGCCUGCCGUCCCCACGUGCGUCGCUAUUUCUGUGCCAUCGUCCACUUGCCUUCCGACUGGAUCCAGGUCGCGGAGUUCUACCAGGAACUGGCUAAAACAGAGGAAGAUAAACUGGCACCACUUCCUGCCUGCCUCCGGGCUGCUAUGACUGACAAGUUCGCUCAGUUCGAUGAGUACCAACUGGCUAAGUACAACCUGCGCAGGCACCGCGCCAAGAGUCGCCCCCGCCGGCCUCUUAGCCUCCAGAGCGUCCAUUUUCUGAGAGAAGACAUUUUCCAAGUUACCUUUGGCCUAUUAGAGACAUACAGUUUAAGGUACCCCUCCAGCCUCCAGCUCUUUUCUCAGAGUCGUCUCCCUGGGCCCUGGGACGCCAGCAGAGCUGGGAAACGCAUGAAGCUGCCCAGACCAGAGACCUGGGAGCGGCUGCUGAGCCUUCAGGGGAACAGAGCUUCAGUGUGGGAGGAGCUCAUCGACAGCGGGAAGCUUCCCUUCAUGGCCAUGCUUCGGAACCUGCGCAACCUGCUGCGGGUGGGAAUCAGCGCCCACCACCACGAGCUCGUCCUCCAGCGGCUCCAGGACGCGAAGUCGGUGAUCCACAGUCGGCAGUUGCCCUUCAGAUUCCUUAAUGCCCACGAUGCCCUCGAUCACCUCGCGGGUCAGCUCCGCAAUCAAGCGCUGCCCUUUCCUUCAAAUACAAAGCUGCUGAGGCAGAUAUUGAUUAGAAACUCUAAAUGUAUAACGAAGUAUCCACGGUAUGUUUUGAGCCUGAGUCGCCAGAAGCUCCGAGCAGCAAUGAUGAUCCCUGUGAUAUAUGAGCAGCUCAAGAGGGAGAAGCUGAAAGUGCACAAGGCCAGACACUGCAAAUAUGACCUGGAGCUGCUAGACCGGUACCGCCAGGCCCUGGAGGUAGCCGUGAACCUCUCUGUGAAGCACAACCUGCCCCCGCUGCCAGGCCGCACCAUCUUGGUCUACCUGACGGACUGUAAUGCAGACCACUUCUGUGCCAAGAGCAACACACAGGGGCCCCCCCUCAACUAUGUGCUGCUGCUGAUGGCAAUGACCGUGGCGCGGGCGGAGCAGGCAGAGGUCGUGCUGUGCGGACACGGCUCUCUGAAGACCGCUGAGCUUGCGGCAGAGGAAGGCAUCCUGAAGACUGCCCUCAAACUCCAGGCUCAAGUGCAGGAGUUGGAGGAAGGGGAUGAGCAUCCCAGGAAUACUUAUCAGAAAUACCUGCUGUCUCUAGCUGCCCACAGGGUGCCUGUGGACAGGGUCAUACUGUUUGGUAACUUGCACUGUCACUGUAUGCCACUUGUAGCCCCAAGCAUUAUCUGGCAGCAUGUGAAUCCCAAGUGUCUCUUUGUUACUGUCCUCCUAAGGCAAACAAAUAGAUUUGAAAGCUGGAAUCCUAGUUACGUGACACUUUCGGGCUGUACAGAUGGGAUACUGAGCUGGUGCAGCAUCAGGCUGUUCAUUUCCUCCACUUUCCGGGACAUGCAUGGGGAGCGGGACCUGCUGCUGAGGUCUGUGUUGCCAGCACUGCAGGCCCGAGCCGCCUCCCACCGCAUCAGCCUCCAUGGCAUCGACCUGCGCUGGGGUGUCACCGAGGAGGAGACCCAGAGGAACAGACAGCUGGAGGUGUGCCUCGGGGAGGUGGAGAACUCCCAGCUGUUUGUGGGGAUCCUGGGUUCCCGCUAUGGCUACGUUCCCCCCAGCUACAACCUUCCUGACCAUCCUCACUUUCGCUGGGCCCGGCAGUACCCACCAGGCCGCUCCGUGACAGAGAUGGAGGUGAUGCAGUUCCUGAACCGGGAUCAAUGCCUGCGGCCCUCUGCCCGAGCUCUCAUCUACCUCCGGGAUUCCAGUUUCCUCAGCUCUGUGCCAGACACCUGGAGACCUGACUUCAUUUCUGAGUCAGAAGAGGCCGCCCAGCGGAUGUCAGAACUGAAGGCUUACCUCAGCAGACAGGAGGAGAUCACCUGCCGUAGGGAUUCGGGACAGGGCAAGACCGCCUUCCUGGCAUCCCUUGUGUCAGCACUGCGGGCUCCAGCUGGGGCCAAGGUGGCUCCGUCUGUCUUCUUCCACUUCUCAGGAGCCCGGCCCGACCAGGGUCUUGCCCUCAACCUGCUCAGGCGCCUGUGUACCUACCUGCAAAGACAGCUGCAGGAAGCCAGUGCCCUCCCCAGCACGUACAGGGGCCUGGUGUGGGAACUUCAGCAGAAGCUGCUGCCCACCUGCGCUGAGACCCUCCAGCCCAGCCAGACCCUGGUGCUGAUCAUUGACGGGGCUGACAAGUUGGUGAACCAGAACGGGCAGCUCAUCUCAGACUGGAUCCCAAAGUCCCUUCCCAGGAGGGUACACCUGGUGCUGAGUGUGUCUAGUGACUCUGGCCUUGGCGAGACCCUUGAGCAGAGCCAGGGGGCCCAUGUGGUCGCCCUGAGGCCUCUGGACCCACCUGACCGAGCCCAGCUGGUGAGGGAGGAGCUAGCACUAUAUGGAAAGCGGCUGGAGGAGUCACCUUUCAACAACCAGAUGCGACUGCUGUUAGUGAAGCGGGCAUCAGGCCUGCCGCUGUACCUGCGCCUGGUCACCGAUCACCUGCGGCUCUUCACACUCUAUGAGCAGGUGUCAGAGAGACUUCGCACCCUGCCUGCCACUGUGCCCCUGCUGCUGGACCACAUCCUGAGCACCCUGGAGCAGGAGCACGGCCAGGACAUCCUCCCGCGAGCGUUGGCCACCCUGGAAGUCACACACAGUGGUCUGACUGUGGAGCAGCUGCAUACAGUGCUCAGUGCAUGGCAGAAUCUGCCCAAGGGGACUGAGAGCUGGGAGGAGGCCGUGGCUGCUGGGAGCACUGGAGAGCCUUACCCCAUGGGCCCGUUUGCCUACCUCGUGCAGAGUCUGCGCAGUUUGCUAAGGGAAGGCCCUCUGGAGCGCCCUGGUGCCCGCCUUCAGCUCCCGGAUAGACCGCUGAAGACAGCAGCCAGACAUCGCUAUAGAAAAAUGCGAGGUCUGCAGAGCACGGCACACGUCCUCAUUGCAGUUCUACUCUGGAAGGCAUGUGACCCUGACGCUUCAGGCUCCUUCCAACACUGUCCUCCACAGGCUCUGGGAGACCUGCCAGGCCACCUGCUCCAGAGUGGGAACCGUGCCCUUCUGGAGAAGUUCCUCAGCAGCAUGCACGUGGUGGCCGCUCACCUGGACUUGGGCCUGCUGCCCCAGCUCUUGGAGGCACAUGCACUCUAUGCUUCUUCAGUCCCUGAGGAGGAGCACAAGCUCCCUGAGGCUGCUGUUGCAGCAUUCCACACCUUCCUGAGGCAGCAGGCCCCGGUCCUCAGCCGCUACCCCCUCCUUCUGCGCCAGCAGGCCACCAACCAGCCUGCAGACUCCCCUGUGUGCUGUCAGGCCCCACUGCUCUCCCAGCGAGGGCCUCGGCAGCACAUGCUGCGAUGGCUCAAUAAACCCCAGAGCGGGUGGCGUCAGCAGAGCUCCAGCCUGUCUCUGGCAAUUCCCUCAUCCCCCACUGCCAUGGCCAUCUCCCUUAGUGGACUUGGAGUGGCUGUGGGCACUGCCAAUGGGACAGUGUACCUUUUGGACCUGAGAACUGGGCAGGAAGAGAAGUCCAUAGUGAGUGGCUGUGAUGGGAUCUCAUCCUGCACUUUCCUCUCCGACAGUGCCCUGUUUGUUAGUGCCUUUGAUGGGCUCCUGGAGCUUUGGGACCUGGAGCACGGUUGUCGGGUGCUGCAGACCAAGGCUCACCAGGACCAGGUCACGGGCUGCUGCCUGAGCCCAGACCGCCGGCUGCUGGCCACCGUGUGUGUGGGUGGGGGCAUAAAGCUUUGGGACACGGUCCGUGGGCAGCUUUCCUGCCAGCACACUUGUGCCAAGCCCCUCACCUGCGUUGCCUUCCACCCAGAGGGGCAGGCACUAGCCACUGGCAGCUGGGCGGGCAGCAUCAGCUUCUUCCAGGCAGAUGGACUCAAAGCCACCAAGGAGCUGGGGGCCCCAGGAGCCUCUGUGCGAACGUUGGCCUUCAAUGCAUCGGGGCAGGUUGUGGCUGUUGGCCGGCUGGACGGGAAGGUGGAGCUCUGGGCCUGGCAAGAGGGUGCACGGCUGGCUGCCUUCCCUGCCCACAGCGGCUUUGUUUCUGCUGUGCUUUUCCUGCACAGCCAGGACCAGUUACUGACAGCCGGAGAGGAUGGCAAGGUUCAGGUGUGGUCAGGCUCCCUGGGUCAGCCCCGGGGAUGCCUGGGCUCCCUCCCUCUCUCUCCUGCCCUCUCAGUGGCUCUCAGCCCAGAUGGUGCUCAGGUGGCAGUUGGGUACCGAACAGAUGGCAUUAAGGUCUACAGAAUCCCUUCAGGUCCCCAUCGUGUGCAGGGUCGAAUGCUAGACAUGGCAGUGUCUGCACUGGCCUGGCUGAGCCCCAAGGUGUUGGUGAGCGGUGCAGAAGAUGGCAGCCUGCAGGGCUGGGUGCUCCAGGAAGGCGCUGUGCUUCAGGACCUCUGGCUCCUGCCCGGAAACCAGAAGGCGGUGCUGGGCCUGGCCUCCUCCCAGGACCUCCUGGCUUCUGCCUCAGAGGAUUUCACAGUGCGGCUCUGGCCAAAGCAGUUGCUGACACAGCGGCACAAGGCAGGACACUUGCCCCAUGGCACUGAGCUCCAGGAACACCGGGGCCCUGUAAGCUGCUGUAGCUUCAGCGCAGAUGGAGGCAACCUGGCCACUGGCGGCAGGGAUCAGAGUCUCCUCUGCUGGGACGUGAGGACCCUGGAGAGCCCUCUUCUGAUUCACUCCUUCCAUGCCUGUCACCGUGAUUGGGUCACUGGCUGUGCCUGGACCAAAGAUGACCUGCUGGUCUCCUGCUCCAGUGAUGGCUCUGUGGGGCUGUGGGACCCGGAGUCGGGACAGCAGCUUGGUCAUUUCCUGGGUCAUCAGAGUGCCGUGAGCACCGUGGUGGCUGUGGAAGAACACGUGGUGUCCGUGGGCCGGGACGGGACCCUGAAAGUGUGGGACCGUGGAGGUGUGGAGCUGACCAGCAUCCCCGCGCACUCAGGGCCCAUCAGCCAGUGCGCAGCUGCCCUGGAGCCCCACCCAGCUGGACAGGCUGGCUCAGAGCUUCUGGUGGUGACUGUCGGCCUGGACGGGGCCACGCGGCUGUGGCAUCCACUCUUGGUGUGGCAGACACAUACCCUCCCGGGACACAGUGGUCCUGUCAGUGCAGCUGCGGUGUCCCAGCGCUCGGGCCUGCUGCUGACCGCCUCGAGGGAAGGUUCAGUGCACCUGUGCCAGGUGCCUCGGGAAGCAGAUGACACCAGUGCCCUGAUGAGUUGCGUAGCCAUCACUGCUGUGGCCUGGCGACCAGACGGUUCUCUGGCUCUGUCAGGAAAUCAAGCUGGGGAAUUAACCCUGUGGAAGGACGCCAGGCCUGUGGCCACAGCGCAGGCCCCCGGCCGUGUCAGCGCUCUGCUCUGUGACUCAGCAUCCAACUUCUUUGUUCUCAGUGAUGAUGAAAAGAUCACCGAGUGGCACGUGCUCGAUUCUCCGGGGCAGAGGGGUUCAACAUCCGGCUAUAGGCUUCACCUACACCGAGUUCUGCAAGAACAUGGAAUCCUCACAGGUCUGCACCUGGCCCCUGAUGGCCAUUCCCUCAUCUUGGUCAGUGGGAACUUGGAUGUACUACAUAUGACGCCUGGGAAUGAUCCGUCUGUCAUCGAGAACAGCUAUGGAAAUCAUCCGAUACUAUUGUCUGCCCACAAGGAUUACGGGGUGUUCUACCUGAGUACAGUGUCCCCUCAGUCUCUUCAUCUCUUGAAGCAAAAGGAGACAGGAGAGUUUGAUGGCUCUGUGCGCUAUUACAUGUGUUAUGAGGAUGUUACUAAGACCCCAGUGCUGACUCAGGCCAAACCCGAAUCUGAGUCCACGUUCCUGUGUGCCAGCUCUGAUGGAGUGCUGUGGACCCUGGCUGGAUGCACCCACGGAGGAGAAUGGAGCACGGGCAACAUCUGGCAGACAGAAGUGAAAGCACCUGAAGCCCAGGCUUCAGGGACAGACACAGCAUGUGGCAGGAUUCACUCAGACUCUGUCACAGCCCUCCAUGUGCUUCCUGAGAUGCUGGUGACAGGCUCAAAGGAUAGAGAUGUGAAGCUGUGGGCGAGGCCCAGUAUGCAACUGCUGGGCCUGUUCCGAUGUGAAGGGGCAGUGAGCUGCCUGGACCCGUGGCUGGGACCUGACUCGACCCUGCAGCUCGCCGUGGGAGACACACAGGGCCACGUAUACUUUUUGUCCUGGGAGUGAAGAUGGACUACUCGGGAACACAGGACACCACUUGUGCUAGAGAUGCAGAGCCUCAAGGUUCUGUGGUGCCUCCUUCCCCAAUUACACAAAUAAAGUGUUAGCGCGUCUUCAGCACAGCCGCGUCUGUGUUCUCAUGUGGCUUCAGACCAGAAAGGAAGAAGAUAUGGGUGUUCUGUCAUUUUCAUUUCUUUUCUCAUCUACCAUUAAUUCCUGAUGCAACUUAAAUGAUGUGAAGCACACCUUGAGUAGGCGCUUUCGUGUGCAUCCAGUGUUGGGAACUCCUGUGUCCCUUGCUGGCCCAGGACCUCAGCUCCCAUGCCUUCCCAGGGGGCAAAAGACUGAUUCAGCAGCACUUAGUUUGAGCAGAGAGCAAAGAGCACUCACUUGGUAAAAAAGAACAAGGGAAGGAAGAGUGCGCCAGCAGGGCAGCAGGAUAUUCAGCAUGCUGUGGGAUACAACCAGGACAACACUAGGGUGCUCUCCUGGAAACAGCCAUCAGGGCUACCUUCCCAGAUGAUGCAGAGCAGCAGCCCUGAGAGCAGAACGUGUCUCCUGCUUUCCACAGCCCUGCAGGUGUUAGUGCAGUCGUUGGCAUUCCAUGAAAAAUAAGUCACAAAGGUAGGUCUUUCUCAUGUUGGAACUUACACAGCUUAACAUGUGACAAAGUGGAGUGGUCACAUUCAUGACUUGACAAGGAUCCUAAUCCUCUUAAGUUAAAGUUCUACAACUUGCUUAUUUUCCUAUAAUUCUAACCUAUAGAAGUAAUUCAGGCACCUUCUGAGGGUUCAGAAGAAGGAAACAUCUUCUGUGUUCAUGAAUUUAAGGACUUGCCAGUCCAGAGGAGACUGAAACAAAAGGUGAAAAAUAAUCUUAAGAAUUUAAGGAUUUAUAUAUGCAAAACAGGACUAUGACAAGGAUUUUUGUCCUGGGCUGGUAGCAUUCUCAGUGAAAUGCCAUUAGGUAGUCCCAACGAGAUAGCUCAGUGGGCUCAGGGCCUGCUUAGGCAAGCACAGGGACUGGGGUUUGAUGCUCCACAUCAUGUGCCAAGCAGGCCCUACCUUUGGGUGCUCUGAGCCAGCCACUGUGUCCAGGUGUGGUAGUACACACCUGAAAUCCAAGUUCU